AUGUGCCCCCCAAAGCUUACAGCUCUGUUUGGAUUUCAGGAGGAGCUGAUGGAGUCCAGCAGUGAUGCAGAGUCCUCCGCUGAGGAAGAGAAGUCGCGUGGCUCCGUCAUCGACAUGGAGGACCUUGGGAAUGUGAUGAAUCGUAUGAAGAAAGCCAAGAGGAUGGAGGGAGAUGAAGAGGACUCCCAGAGGGUGAAGCUGUCAAAGCAGAAUGGAGUGAGGAAGAGCGAGUCAGAGGAGGAGCGGAGAGAGAUGAUCACUCCAGCCUUGAGAGAUGCUCUGACUAAACAAGGGUACAAACUAAUAGGAAGUCACUCUGGGGUAAAACUGUGUCGUUGGACCAAAUCAAUGCUGAGAGGGAGAGGAGGCUGCUAUAAACACACCUUCUAUGGGAUUGAAUCACACCGCUGUAUGGAGACCACACCGAGCCUGGCCUGUGCCAACAAAUGUGUUUUCUGCUGGAGACACAACACCAACCCGGUGGGCACAGAGUGGCGCUGGAAAAUGGACCCGGCUGAGAAGAUCAUUCAAGAGGCUGUGGAGAACCACAGGAACAUGAUUCGCCAGUUCAGAGGUGUUCCAGGAGUGCGUCCCGAGCGCUUUGAAGAGGGCCUCACUGUGAAGCACUGUGCUCUGUCUCUGGUGGGUGAACCUAUUAUGUAUCCUGAGAUCCACUCCUUCCUUCGACUCCUUCACCAGCAGAACAUAUCCAGCUUCCUCGUCACAAACGCCCAGUUCCCUGAGGAGAUCAGGAGUCUUGUGCCUGUUACACAACUUUACGUCAGCGUUGAUGCCAGCACCAAGGACAGUCUGAAGAAAAUUGACCGUCCCCUCUUCAAAGACUUCUGGCAGCGCUUCUUGGACAGUCUCAGAGCGCUUGGUGAAAAGCAACAGCGUACGGUGUACAGACUGACCCUGGUGAAGGCCUGGAAUGUGGAUGAGCUGAAGGCCUACGCAGAUCUCAUCGCCCUUGGACAGCCAGAUUUCAUCGAGGUCAAGGGAGUGACAUACUGUGGCGAGAGCUCAGCCAGUAGCCUGACAAUGGCCAACGUACCCUGGCACGAGGAGGUCGUCUACUUCGUGCAGCAGCUUGCCAACCUGCUCCCAGACUAUGAAAUUGCCUGCGAACACGAGCACUCCAACUGUCUGUUACUUGCGCACCACAAGUUCAAAGUCGACGGGGAGUGGUGGACGUGGAUUGACUACGAACGCUUCCAGGAGCUCAUUCAGGAAUACGAGGAGAGCGGGGGCACCAAGAGCUUCUCAGCGAUGGACUAUAUGGCCAAGACCCCCAGCUGGGCCAUUUUUGGGGCCCGAGAGAGGGGAUUUGACCCCUCGGACACACGCUUCCAGAGAAAGAAUAAUACCAAAGAUAUCUCAGGGUGCUGAUGUUACUUUUGCCUUCCUACUUUAAGUCUGUACGGGAAUUUGUAUUUUUAAUCAAUGGAAUAGAUGACCUGAUUGACUGCACCCAUAGAUUAAGACUUUUCUUUUUAUUAUUUAAGCCAAGGCUCAGUUUGCUCUCCGAGACUUGCCUUAGGGAUGAAAUUAUGGUUAGCAUAUACUUGCAGAUACUUGAUAACUCUUUUUUUUUUUUUCAUGCUUUUAAUGAAUGUUAGCUGCUGUUUUUAGUUAUGAUCACAGUAAUAAAGAAUUUCAUUCCCAAGUCCUGUUCACUCCGAGCUCUGGAUCUAAUAGCUCUGGUAAGAAAAUCAUCAGGUGGACAGACCGGAAGAACAAGUGACUUGAAUUUAAGGCUUCAUUUACUCAUAGCACAUUAGGGCCUAAAUUUAGAGUGCACAAGAGGAAAGAACUGCAAAAGAAAAAUAUCACUAUAGUUAGCUACGUUAAUAGCAUGUCACCUCAAACUGUGAUUUGUGCGUUCUUUUAGACGUUUAGAGGGCAGUUGAGUCAGAUGGGACUUUGAAUGGAGCAGUUCUUACGGAUUGGCCCAUGAUACAGCUGAAAGCUAUUUGGAAUCAGAACUGCCCCAUAAAUAUCUCUGUAACAACCACUCAAGACAUUGGAAUGUGAAAUUGCAGUUCUUACCUUUUGGAUUGUCUUUUUGUUUUUUGUCUUGGGUAUUUCUACACAAUGUUGAUGGAUUACAUCAAGUCAAAUGUCACUACAGGUUUUUGUUUUUGUUUGUAUUAUUUUAUCAUUCUUUGCCUUUUUUUGUUUUGCGAAAUGUUGUAAUGCAGUUAUGAACCUGAUGUUUGUCCUUUAUUGGUUACACUGAUAUUGUGAAUACACCCAAAAGGUAUCUCCAAACUGCAUUUGUUAUUCAUGCACAUGCAGGUGCGUUGCAAAAGAAAUUGAAUUUUGUUGUAGCUGCUUUCUUGGCGUCUUAUUAAAACAGUCUUUAUGGUGUUCUACAGAAGUUUGAAUGUUAUUGUAAGAGAUGGGAAUGUGCUUGAUGCUGAGUGAACUAGGUCACAGCCGUUUCACAGCUCUGCGACUGAAUGAAGCGGUCUUGAGUGAUGGAUGAGAGGCGUAAUAUUAAGACCA